AUGUCAGGACUUGGGGCUGGAAACGGUAAUGAAAAACGCGCUGGCCAUUGGGGACCACGUCAGCCCCCAAAUCUUGAUCCUAAUCAUGAGUGGGCUGCACUUCGCCGUCGUUAUGAAUGGAAUGACUCUUAUGAUGAAGGCGUUGCACCAAGAGAUGAACAGUUGGAAGCAGAACUUUUCGGAGAAGACAACCACGUACAUACUGGUAUUAACUUCGCGAAAUAUGAUAGCAUAAAAGUGUCCGUUAAGGGCAAAAAUAUAAAACCCAUAUCCACGUUUGAAGAAGCCAAUCUUCACCCAGCUAUGAAAGAGAACGUCCGAUUGGCACGAUAUCAAGUUCCUACACCAGUCCAGAAAUAUUCUAUUCCAAUUAUUACUGAGGAAAAUGAUUUGAUGGCCUGCGCACAAACUGGAUCGGGUAAGACAGCAGCUUUCCUUAUUCCAAUAUUAUCUAAGCUGUUUGGAAAAGCGAAAAAGCUUGCGGCACCCCGACCGCCACCUGGCACACGUAGGUUUAAAGCCGAACCAUUGGUCUUAAUCCUUGCACCUACACGUGAGUUGGCUACUCAGAUUUUUGAUGAAUGCCGUCGAUUUACCUAUAGGAGUAUGAUGAGGCCAUGCGUGGUCUAUGGAGGUGCAGAGACUGCUCCGCAAAAGAAUGAAUUAGCAAAAGGUUGUGACGUGUUGACAGCUACGCCAGGUCGUUUGGCUGAUUUCUUGGAGAGAGGCCUCGUUAGUCUCCGCAGAGUCAAAUUUUUAGUUCUUGAUGAAGCUGAUCGAAUGUUAGAUAUGGGAUUCGAAAAAAAAAUUAGGGAAAUUGUUCAGAAAUCAG